AUGGCGAAAGAGGAACGUAGGGUUGCGCAAGUUGAAGUAGCAAAGCAAAGAUGCAGAUGCGUCAUUGAUUCAAUCCACCAAUUGCCAUCUUCUUCAAACAUCACCCACUCAUGCAGACGAACCCUCCUCAAAUUAGCACGCGCUGAGCUCGAUUUUCUCUCUCAACCUUCUUCUGCCACCACUCUCAGUGUCAACAUUGGGCACCUGGAAGCAGUUCUACAUAUUCUACAGCAACCUUUCAUAAGCGGAGUUUCUAGAGUUUGCAAAUCAAUCCCGCUGUCACCUUCAGUUAGUCGUGAAGAGAGACACGGAUCUUCUCUCAAAGACAUCCAUGUCGAUGUGGUGUGUAUCCUCAACGGGAGGCCUGUGUGGAUUAUAGUAUCUGAUAGGAAUCCAAAGUACAUUUCAUGGAAUAGUUGUCAUAAAAGUAAGGGUUUGAAGCUGCGCAUUGAACAAGUACUUGCUGCUGCCAAAUCUAACUUAACUUUAAGACCUUCAUCAGUUAUGAUUUUCUUUGCCAACGGGAUUACAACCCAUGUUUAUGACAAGCUACGCGACGAAUUCGGGGCAUCUGAAAUCCGUUUGGAGUUUUCGGUUUUCAGUUCUAACAUGCUGGAAGAAACUGAAGGUGACUGGAUAAAUGUUAUCUCUAGAUCAUAUAGAGAUGCACUUGCCCUUGAAAUCAACCUUACCGAUGACAAAGAUGCUGUUCCAAAUUUGGGAUGUAAUGUUGAGAAUUCGACCAUGGAUUCUUCUCAAGUAGAGGUUUCAGUAGGAAAGGCUGAAACACAACUGCAUCUUUCGGAAGAAAAUGCCAUUAAUGGGGCUUCUUCUCAACUUGAGUGUUCAAUAGAUAAAGCUGAAACUAGACCGCUGCUAUCACAAUCACAAGAGGUUAUUGAAACAAAGUUGGGUGAUACAUUCUAUUCUGUUAUUAUGGGAAUGAAACAAAGCUCCCUGGACAAUCAAAAUUCUGAAUUGACCGAUUCUAAGAAACUUUUAGGUGGGAGUGAUCUGGUAAAUUUUGAUACAACAUCUUUGAUAGCUUUUGUAUCGGGAAUUAGUAAUGGUGGAACAGAAAAACUUUUGGCCACUCCAGAAAGUGAACUGAGACAGCGGUUUAAGGGAAACUUUGACUUUGUGAUCGGUCAAAUAAUGUCUGAACUUCAAAAUCCAAUCCAUGUGGAAUUUGGUAGAGUCUUAAAUGGGAAGCAGGGCAUAAUUUGUGAGAGUGUUCUUUCAGAAUUUAAGGAGCUAGUGAAAAUGUGUGGAGGGCCAAAUGAGAAACUUAGAGCCGACAAGUUAAUAAAUUAUCUCAGGGUUGUUCCGGAUACUCCUUCAGGACGCAUGAUGGGCCUCCCAACAACUAGGAAGCUGGCAUUAAAAAACAAGAUUGUGUUUGGUACCGGUGACUAUUGGCAUGCCCCAACUUUGACAGCAAACAUGGCAUUCAUCAGAGCAGUUUCACAGACGGGGAUGUCCCUCUCUAGUAUUGAACAUAGACCAAGGGCCUUAACUGGGGAUUAG